ACCAACUCGGAAUCUAGUUUCACUUUUGGUUUCCUGAAAUUACAGAGGAGCCAGAAAGAGAACUGUAGCCAGCGGCAACCAGAGCUUUGGUGCCUGUCUGCAUCAGCUACAAGCCGGUCGCACCUCUCCACACCUCCUACAGUAGCUGUGGGCGUUGCAGCCUCCUGUCCGGCCCCAGCACCGAGGAUGGAUGAGGAGCUAUACUCAAGGCAGCUGUAUGUCCUGGGCCUGCCUGCUAUGCAGAGGAUCAAGGCAGCCAAAGUCUUGCUAUGUGGCCUGCGGGGCCUGGGAGCUGAGGUGGCCAAGAACCUGGUCCUUAUGGGUGUGGGCAGCCUCACCCUGCAUGACCCCCAUCCCACCUGCUGGGCUGACCUGGCUGCUCAGUUUUUCCUCUCAGAAGAGAGCUUGGGAAGGAGCAGGGCUGAGGCUUCUCAAGCACUAUUGGCUCGGCUCAAUGAAGCUGUCCAGAUCUCCAUCCACACGGGUGACAUCACCGAGGACCUACUGCGGGGUUUCCAGGUAGUGGUGCUCACUGACUCCAAGCUAGAGGAGCAGCUGAAGGUGGGAACCUUGUGCCACAAGUGUGGUGUCUACUUCCUGAUGGCUGAAACCCGGGGCCUUUUGGGGCGCUUGUUCUGUGACUUUGGUGAGGGCUUCACUGUUGAGGAUCCCACAGAGGCAGAACCCGUGACAGCUGCCAUCCAGGACAUCUCCCAGGGAUCCCCCGGCAUUGUCACUCUGAGAGGAGAUGCCAAAAGUCAGCCUUUCUAUGAUGGGGACUUGGUGGUUUUCUCAGGCGUUGAAGGCAUGGUUGAACUCAACUGUCAUUCUCCACAGCCUGUCAGGGUGCAGAAAGAUGGGUCCUUGGUGAUUGGAGACACAACAACUUUCUCCCGUUACCUGAGAGGUGGGGUUGUCACUGAGGUCAAAAGACCCAAGUCUGUGAGGCAUGAGCCCCUGCACACAGCUCUGCUUCAGCCCCGUGUGGUGGCCCAGAAUACUCAGGAAGUACAACGUGCCCACUGCUUGCAUCAGGCCUUCCGUGCCCUGCACAAGUUCCAGCAACUUCAUGGCCGGCUACCUAAGCCCUGGGAUCCUGUUGAUGCAGAGAUUGUGGUGGUCCUGGCCCAGGACCUGGAGCCACUGAAAGGGCCGAAAGAAGAGUCGCUGGAUAAGGCUCUUCUACGGACAAUUGCCCUGAGUAGUGCUGGUAGCUUAAGCCCCAUGGCAGCCAUUGUGGGAGGAGUGGCUGCCCAGGAGGUCCUGAAGGCAAUCUCCAGGAAGUUCAUGCCCCUGGACCAGUGGCUGUACUUUGAUGCCCUUGAAUGUCUUCCGGAAGAUGAGAAGCUCCUUCCCAAUCCUGAGGACUGUCAUCCGAGAAACUGCCGAUACGAUGGGCAAAUUGCUGUGUUUGGGACUGGUUUUCAGGAGAAACUGAGCUACCAAAACUAUCUCUUGGUGGGGGCUGGUGCCAUCGGCUGUGAGAUGCUCAAAGUCUUUGCCCUGGUGGGCCUGGGAGUCAGGGCUAAUGGUGGCAGCUUGACUGUGGCCGACAUGGACCACAUAGAACGCUCCAACCUCAGCCGGCAGUUCCUCUUCAGGCCCCAGGACAUUGGGAGGCCCAAGGCGGAGGUGGCCGCCGCAGCAGCCCGGCGUUUAAACCCAGAUCUACAAGUGACCUCGUGUAACUCCCCGCUGGAUCCCACCACGGAGGACACCUACGGCGACGGCUUCUUCUCCAGGGUGGACGGUGUGGUUGCUGCUUUGGACAGCUUCCAGGCCCGGCACUAUGUUGCUGCUCGAUGCUGCCACUAUCUGAAACCGCUGCUGGAGGCGGGCACACAGGGGACCCGCGGGAGUGCUUCAGUGUUUGUGCCCCAUGUCACCGACGCCUACCGCGGCCCCGCUUCAGCUUCUGAGGAUGCUUCCGCCCCUGUGUGUACCCUGCGGCACGUCCCCAGCACGGUGGAGCACGGCCUGCAGGUAAGGCUAGCCUACCCGCCCCGUCUCAAGCCUCAACUGCAGAUCUGUCCCUCCUCCAGUGCGUUAUCACCCUCCCCUUCCCCACAGUGGGCCCGGAAUGAAUUUGAGGGACUCUUCAGACUAUCCGCAGAGACCGUCAACUGCUACCAACAGACACGCUCUUCCCUGUCAGACAGAGAUAGGACCUUACUGCAGCAAGUGCUGGGCGUCCGAAGAACGCGCCCGCGGGCCUGGCGAGACUGCGUAGUGUGGGCUCUUGGCCACUGGCAGCUGUGCUUCCACGAUAGCAUCCUAGAGCAGCUGAGGCGCUUCCCAUCCGAUAAAGUGCUUGAUGAUGGAACUCUGUUCUGGUCAGGAUCCAAAAAGUGUCCACGUCCCUUGCGAUUUGACCCUAACCAAGACAUGCAUUUCCUCUACGUGCUGGCAGCUGCUAAUCUGUAUGCAUGGAUGCAUGGGCUUCGUGGCUCACGAAAUCAGGAUGCACUCAGGGAACUGCUGAAGCUGCUUCCAGAGCCCGGUUCCGUGGGCCAGAACCUCUUCUCUGCUGGUGCUUUCACUCCUUCUGAGUUUGGCCAGGAGCAGCUGAAGGAACUGCAGGGAAUCCUGGAAGACUGGAGCAAGGGUCCUCCGCUGAAGCCUGUGCUGUUCGGGAAGGAUGAUGACAGCAAUUUCCACGUGGACUUUGUGGUAGCAGCGACUGACCUUCGAUGUCAGAACUAUGGGAUCUUACCAGUCAACCAUGCUCGGAUCAGGCAAAUUGUGGGCCGGAUUAUCCCAGCCAUUGUCACCAGCACAGCAGUUGUGGCGGGCUUACUCGGCCUGGAGCUGUAUAAGGUGGCUAGUGGGCCACGGUCCCGUGGCACCUUCCGUCACACUUAUCUGCACCUGGCUGAAAACCACUUCGUACGUUCAGUGCCUUCUGCCCCAGCCAUCCAGUGGAUAUGAGUGCACCAAGGUCUGGGCAUCCCUGGUGUGUGAACAUGGAGGUAUGGAGCUUGCACAUCUGUGUGCCAGAUGGGAGAGCAAGGAUCUUCCUCAAUGUGAAUAUGCGCAUGUGGGCACAAAUGUGGGGGUUGUUGGUGUUAUGUGUGUUGGCACUCCUAAGAAGGCAGAAUGGCAAUGCCUCCAACUGUGUGCCCAGGCUCUGCCCCAGUUGGCAUUUCCCUGAGGCACAGGAAAAAGCACAUAAGGAAUGCCCUCACAGAGGAGAGGACAGAGGUCACCAGCUAGCCUAGGCUCCCUCUGGACAGGCACACAGAGUGCUUCUGUGAGGUGCCCCUCUGUUAACCAGCACAGAGGCUGCCUUUGUCCACGGGGUGGGGGUGGGUAAGGGUCUACAUCUUGCCUCCAGCCUAGUCUCCACCCCAGUGUGCUUCUUGCGGGUUGGCAGGACCCCUUUGUCCUGGACUCUGGAUGUCUGCUGCAUCUGUCCUCAGCUCUAGGUACCCAACUUCUUCAACUGGGAAGAAGAUGGGAAAAGAACAGACGCUGCUGUAGACUGUAUCUGUUGGGAGGGACCCUCUGGGUCAGUAGGGUUCCACUGUUACCAUGUCCUCGGUUCAUGCAUGCCCAUGAGCCAUCCAAGGCCCUGUAUCUAAGAACUGGGAAGUAGCAUGAUCUGCAUCCCUAAGCUCCCAGCCUCCCUCUGAGGAACAAGCAGCUUUAUCGGAGACUCCAGCAACCCAGCUCCAGCUUCCUCAGGAAGGAGCCCCCCACCCCCUACCCCCGCCUCCAACUGGCCUGUGUGAUGGAUGUCUGUUUCCCUGUACAGGGCCCCAUAGCUCCAUUUCCUGUGCUGGCCCCAGCCUGGGCGGGGAGGGGGCUGAGACUCUGGGCUCAGAUCCCACCUUCCACCCCCACCCCCCCAUCACCAGCUUCCUGCCUCUGGAGUGGCUCCUCCUCUAGGAAAAGCUGCUAGUAACUGGGCCAGGGGCUUCAGGUUUGUGUGAGAAAUCUCUAAGUCCCCCCUCACC